GAGAUGGAUGCACCUUGUUUUCCUUACACCAUGGCUAAACCAGUGUUUACUAAAAUGGCUUUCGUCGAGAUGUUUGGUUGAGUUUGUGUAUCUCUCUGACAAAUGGCUUGAUAUAAACAGACGGCAAUUACGAGAGAGUGUGAAAGAAAGUAGAAGACAAGCGCAAAAUCAAGAGCGAUAUAUAAAACUGUCAGUUUGAUCGCUGCGCGAAAAAGUGGUUUAGAUUAACUCUUGCUUCUAAACAUAUUUGAGUAUCGGUAAGAUUAGAGGUAGUUUUUUUUGGGGUGAGAACAUAAGCAAAAGAGAGGUGGAACCACAUCGGUCAGUGUCUAACAAUAAGCCGAUUAGCAAGAUCCUCGUCGAAUCUCAAGUUAAAACUAAGAAUUGUACCAGCACCCUGUUUGCAUUUUCAAAAACAUUUGGAUUAAAGAAACAUACGUGUUUGCGAAAAGGUUCUGAGAUAUGGAUUUGCGUGAUAACAUUAGGAGAGCAACGUCACUUACUUUUAAAGACAACGAUGCCAAGUUCUAUCGACUAAACGGACUGAGUCAGGCUGCGAAAGAUAGAAAGAUGAAUGAAAGACAAGUGAGGAAACCACGAAAUCUUCAUAUACUGGAAGACUCUGACACGGACAGUGAAGACAAUGUGGACUUUAUAAGGAGUAAAGUAAAACCCACCUUUGACAAAAAUGAAGUCUCUGCCGCUGUUAAAGAGGUAAAUGGGGGCCGUGACCUUUCAAAUAAACAUUGGGAAGAUACACUGGCGAGAAAUCUUGAGAGUAUGACAAAGUCACAGAAACAAGUAUCCGAGUAUUAUAUGAAACAUGAUAAGAGAUCGAAAGCAAACCGACCAGAGGCUAAAGACUCGAACGAUAAGUGUAUUAAGAAGAAUAUAUUCCACAGAAAUGCUGCAAUUAUGGGUCUUGUGAGAACGAAAAAAAUUACAUUGCACGAUUUAACUAAUUCCAAUGAAAACACGGCAAGGAGGAGAAACAACGUGGAAACAUUGCAUGGAAGCACAUUCGACGAGUGUGAUGGUGAUGAAUGCCAAGUGGAAUCGGUUCCCCAUGAUGAAGAUUCUGAAAUCUGUGUUCACCCUUUGCAAAUGGGAAUAGAUGCAAAAAAGUGCAAAGACAUAGAUUUUACCGUUCCACGUAUCGGUAAGAAGAAAAAAGUCACACCGACGGACCAUUAUCUUCACGAGAGCGACGAUUCUUUCUUAGACUUUGUAAAGAAAGACGACAGUAUAUAAUAUCCAGUAGAUAUUAUCCAUUUAUCAUUGCAAAUAAUAUAGAUAUAAAAGUUGGACGUAACAAAUAAUGGCAUCCGAAAUAACUUGUAAUUGCUCACAUUUAGUUUAAUAUGUAUGGAGAUUAUAAAAUAGGAAUUGUCAGAUAUACAAUUGCUGUAGAGAAAGAGGAUGGUACAGCGUAAUAAAUCGUAGACAUUAUCCAUUUAUCGUGUGUAAUAGCAAAAUAUAUAGAUAUAAGAGUUAACAUAAGUUAUUUAACAUCUAAUUGUUCACAAUUAUAUACGAAUUAAAGAUGUAACUUUUAAAUAUACAGGGUGUACUAAACCCAUCGGAUAUUUUUUUAUCACAGAUUUUUGUGUAUUAGAAUUUUCGUCUUGAAAUUUUCUGAAGAAUCUGUAAUGAAAAAAAGAUAUCCAAUUACUCUAUUCAGGGAUAAUAAAUGUAUAUUUUUGUAAAUCAAUUCUGUAAGAUAAUUAAACACUGAAAUUUGCCCUCA